AUGGAUUCUUCUGAACAACAUUGUCUUCGUCAAUCCCGGAGAGGGAACCAGGACAAGCUGAGUGAAUUGCCGGAUAACAUACUGAUAUCCCUCCUAGAAAGAUUGGAUGUGAGGUCUGCAGUGGCAACAAGUUUGCUUUCCUCGCGAUGGCGGCACCUCUGGAAGUCCAUCACCGACGUCGAGUUUCGGACUGACUCCAUCAAACCCUACGGUGAUCACCGGUCCUUCGUCCUUUGUACAAGAUACCGAGCGGGUGCUUUAAAUGCGAGAAGAUCAGAUAUACAACAAUACCAAAGGCACGUCUUCACGCGAUUCGUCAGCAACUUUUUACGUUCGAAUCACGAUCUCCGACGACUUUGUCUCCAUUUCGACGUGACGAAAAGUCACGAGUACAGAGGAUCUAUUGAUAGAUUGAUUUGCAGCGCAAUUCAGGCAGGCGUUAGCGAGCUCGAACUCUUCCCUCUUCACUGUUGGAAUGCCUAUGAGUUCCCGUGGCAGUUACUCACUGCCGACAGCAGCGGAUCCUCCUUAACCAACCUGAAGCUUAGAAAUUGUAGUUUGGGCACCCACUAUGAUUUCAGACGGCUUGGUUCGAUAUCAAGGCUUUGUCUCGCAAACAUAGAUAUAUCUCAAGAAAUAGUGAGAGACAUUCUCCAGAAUUGUACGCGCCUGGAAAGCUUAACUCUCGAGAGAUGCCCUUCCCCGAUCGACUUAAGUAUAGCCUCUCCUGAUUUGCAGCUCAGGGAGUUGGUUCUGCAAUUUUGUGUUGGAAUUACAAGCGUAGAAAUCUUUGCUCCUAAGUUGAGAAGGCUGCAAUAUUCUGGAUUCUUUGCACAGUUCUUGUUCAAGUCCGUUCCUUGUCUUGAGCACAUUUCGCUGCGUUAUGCUAGCUCCAACGGUGCAAAGUAUAUAUUCGAAAACCUCUUGUGUGAGCUUGCGCAUGUUUCGGAUCUGAUUCUAGAUUUUACAAGUCAUGAGCAUUUGAUGAAACCAAGGCUUCAUUCACCCUUCAGCAACCUCAAGGAUUUGACGGUGGAUGUCUUUACAACUCGUAGGGAUAAACUUACUUGGCUAGCUGCGGUAUUGGAGGCUGCACCUUUUCUGGAGAAACUGCAAACUACUGUUACGACAGUGGGUAGCAUAGAUCAUGCGGGCAACGGAGGAGGGAUAUCAUGGCACCGUUCGAACGGUUUUCAGCACCAUCAUUUGAUGGAUGUCAAAAUGCAUUACUUUGAAGGAAGCGACUUUGAGAUAGCCUUUGCUCGAUUUCUGCUGGAAAAAGCUGUAGUCCUCAGGUCCUUAACCUUUACUAGCGAAUACAUCCAUCCAUGGUUUGAUCGGACGGGGAAUUACAGUGUGUGCUACGGGCGGCGGUGGACUGAAAAGGAGAAAUCUCAUCUCCUGGAGCAGCUUACGGCAGGAAUUGCUUCGAGUGCUCGUAUUAUUUUUUCUGCCGUAGAAAAGGUUGUGCGUUAUGUGCUGUGA